UUGGCUAAUCAGCUAAUGUUCUUUGGAGUUUUUCACAGGAUAUGGAAUCAUGAGGAGGCAACACUGCUCAACAGUUUUGAUAAUCAUGAUUUUCCCGACAAAGGAAUUUCUAAGCUCUGCCUUGUAAAUGAGCUCGAUGAUAGCUUGCUUCUUGCUGCUUCAUCUGAUGGAAACAUUCGAAUUUGGAAAGAUUAUACUCUGAAGGGUAAACAAAAACUUGUUACUGCAUUCUCUUCUAUUCAUGGCCACAAACCUGGUGUGAGGAGUUUGAAUGCAGUUGUUGAUUGGCAACAACAAUGUGGUUAUCUGUAUGCAUCGGGUGAGAUAUCAUCUAUUAUGCUAUGGGACGUUGAUAAAGAGCAGCUUGUUAAUUCUAUACCUUCAUCAUCAGAUUGCAGCGUCUCAGCGGUGGUAAGCCUCAUCUAUGCAUGAUGUUGUGUUGAUAACU